AAUCACACGCUCGGCUCUUGACGCACGGUGCGCCACACACUGCUGCUCGGACCGGAGGCUGAGAGCAGACCAUCACUGUGGAGCCGCCGGAUCACUACGAGCUCCAGACAAAAUAGAUCCGAUCCUAAUCUGUAGUAUAAAACAACAUGGCUGUUAUUUCCAGGCGGGUGAAGAGGAGGAGGAGGAGGAGGUGAAGGAGGAGGCUCAGGAUAAGACGCGCUUUUCUCGGUGAAGGUAGAGAAGGAAGAACGAGGAGGAGGAGGCUCUCUCUCUUCUUCUAAGAGGAUAAAAAAAGGAAAAGGGGGAAAUCAAGCUAUUCUUACGCGGAGCAAGAUGAGCGUCGCGCCGGAUGAGAGCUCGGUGCGCGUCGCCCUGAGGAUUCGUCCUCAGCUGGCCAAAGAAAAGAUCGAGGGAUGCCACAUCUGUACGUACGUGAUGCCUGGCGAGCCCCAAGUGAUGCUGGGUAAGGAUAAGGCCUUCACCUAUGACUACGUCUUCGACAUGGACACCCAGCAGGAUACCAUCUACACCCACUGCACAGAGAGCCUCAUCGACGGCUGCUUAGAGGGCUACAACGCCACCAUCUUCGCUUACGGACAGACGGGUUCGGGGAAGACCUACACCAUGGGAACCGGCUUCAACGUCAACAUCGCCGAGGACGAGCCGGGUAUCAUUCCCCGGGCCGUCAACCACCUGUUCAGGGGGAUUGAGGAGCGCAGACAGGCCGCCACCGAGCAGGGCAAGCCGGUGCCCGAGUUCAAGAUCAACGCGCAGUUCCUGGAGCUGUACAAUGAAGAGGUGCUGGACUUGUUCGACUCCACUCGAGACAUCGAGGCGCGGAAGCAGAGGUCCAAUAUCAAAAUCCACGAGGACGCCAACGGGGGCAUCUACACCGUUGGGGUCACGACCCGCACCGUGACCUCUGCAGCUGAGAUGAUUCAGUGUCUAAAGCUUGGCGCUCUGUGUCGUACCACCGCCAGCACCCAGAUGAACGUCCAGAGUUCACGCUCGCACGCCAUCUUCACCAUCCACCUGUGCCAAGUCCGUGUCUGCUCUCCAGAUAAUGACGAUAACGUGACGGACAAUCGUCUAGCUAACAACUCAGAUAUCAAUGAGUUUGAGACGCUGACGGCCAAAUUCCACUUUGUGGACCUGGCUGGCUCCGAGAGACUGAAGAGAACCGGAGCCACAGGAGACCGAGCCAAAGAGGGCAUCUCCAUCAACUGUGGACUGCUCGCCCUGGGAAACGUCAUCAGUGCUCUGGGAGACAGGAGUAAACGCUCCACUCAUGUGCCUUACAGAGACUCCAAACUGACACGGCUGCUGCAGGACUCGCUCGGUGGAAACAGUCAAACUGUGAUGAUCGCCUGCAUAAGCCCGUCGGAUCGGGACUUCAUGGAGACGUUGAACUGCCUGAAGUACGCUAACCGGGCGCGGAACAUCAAGAACAAGGUGACGGUGAACCAGGACCGAGCCAGCCAGCAGAUCAGCGCUCUGAGGACCGAUAUAGCCCGGCUACAGAUGGAGCUGAUGGAGUACAAGACGGGAAAGCGAAUGGUGGGUGAAGAUGGGAUGGAGGGCAUCAACGACUUGGUCCAUGAGAACUCAAUGCUGCAGACGGAGAACAACCACCUGAGGGUGAGGGUGAAGGCCAUGCAGGAGACCAUCGACGCUCAGAAGGCCAGACUCACACAGAUCCUCAGUGACCACGCCAACCAGGCUCUGGCUAAAGCAGGUGAAGGUAAUGAAGAAAUCGGAAACAUGAUUCAGAAUUACAUCAAAGAAAUCGAGGAUCUCAGAGCUAAACUUCUUGAAAGCGAGGCCGUGAACGAGAACCUCAGGAAGAACCUGUCCCGAGCCUCCACUCGCUCCUCGCUGUACGGAGGCCCCGGCUCCUUCUCCUCGGCCAUGCUCGCCCCUGAGAACGAGGCCAGCGACGUCAUCACGAUGGCCAAGAAGGACUUGGAGAAACUCAAGAAGAAGGAGAGGAAGAAGAAGAAGAGGCUGAGGCGACACGAAGAGCAUCACCACCAAGAUGUUGAACAGGCCAGCGUCAUCAAAGAAGAAGGCCCCGACAAUGACCAGGAGCGAGGAAAUGAGGAGGCAGAGGUGGAGGGCAGCGAUCACGAAGAAGGCGAGGAGGCCGACGGAGAGGAGGAGGACUUUGAGAUGGUGGGAGAGGAGACGUCCGAUGAGUCUGACUCUGAGGAGCUGGAGGAGAAAGAAAACGUCCAGGCCGACCUGGCCAACAUCACCUGCGAAAUCGCCAUCAAGCAAAAGCUGAUCGACGAGCUGGAGAACAGCCAGCGGCGUCUGCACACGCUCAAGCAGCAAUACGAGCAGAAGCUGACGAUGCUGCAUAACAAGAUCAGAGACACGCAGCUGGAGCGGGACAAGGUGCUGCACAACAUGGGUUCGGUGGAGUCGGGUACCGAGGAGAAGGCCAAGAAAAUCAAAACCGAGUACGAGAAGAAGCUGAGCUCCAUGAACAAAGAGCUGCAGAAGCUCCAGUCGGCUCAGAAGGAGCAUGCUCGGCUGCUGAAGAACCAGUCGCAGUAUGAGAAGCAGCUCAGGAAACUCCAGCAGGACGUGACCGAGAUGAAGAAGACCAAGGUGGUGCUGAUGCGUCAGAUGAAGGAGCAGCAGGAGAGGAACAGGGCCUCAGAGUGCAGGAGGAACAGGGAGAUCGCCUCUCUGAAGAAAGACCAGCGCAGAGCAGAGCUCCAACUGAGGCAGCUGGAGGCGCAGAAGAGACAACAGGAGUUGAUUUUACGCAGAAAGAACGAGGAGGUGACAGCUCUCAGGCGGCAGGUGAGGCCCGUGUCUGGAAAGGUGAACAGGAAGGUGAACUUACCUGAGCCUCCGCAGGAGCCGUCAUAUCGAGCCACACCGGGGAGGCUGCAGACCUCUGGAGCGUCACAAUCCAAUGGAGCCAGGAGUUCCCCAGUGCGGAUGGGAAGCAUCUACGUUAACAGGACAGCAAGGACCAAAUGGCAGUCACUGGAGAGACGUGUCAGUGACAUCAUCAUGCAGAGGAUGACCAUCUCUAACAUGGAGAUAGAUAUGAACCGCCUGCUAAAGAAACGCGAGGAGCUGACCAGACGGAGGGAGCGAGUGUCCAGAAAGAGAGAGAAGAUGGCGGUGGACGGUGCAGACGCUGACCGCUCCCUAGCCUCCCUGAACGAGGAGCUGGAGUCUCUGAGCGCCAACAUCGACUACAUCAACGACAGCAUCGCCGACUGCCAGGCCAACAUCAUGCAGAUGGAGGAGGCCAAGGAGGAAGGAGACACUGUGGACGUCACGGCUGUGAUCAGCUCCUGUAACUUAUCCGAGGCUCGCUUCCUGCUGGACCAUUUCAUGACGAUGGCCAUCAAUAAGGGUCUGCAGGCAGCGCAGAAGGAUUCCCAGCUGAAGGUCAUGGAGGGGAGGCUGAAGCAGACGGAGAUCAACAGCGCCACCCAGAACCAGCUGCUGUUCCACAUGCUGAAAGAGAAAGCUGAGAUCAACCCGGAGCUGGACGCCCUGCUGGGCAGCGCUCUGCAAGAGUUGGGUUACCUGUCGCCAGAAAAUGGAGAUGACAGCAGUAGUGAUGAGUCUACACCCAGCCCUGCCACAGAGGGCAGUUCACUUGCAUCGGAUCUGUUGAAGUUAUGUGGUGAAUCCAGACCGAGGAAUAAGGCUCGCAGGCGGACCACUACGCAGAUGGAGCUGCUCUACGCCAGCAGUGGGGAUCUGUCCCAUGAAUCUCCCACCGGAGACUUCUCGGCCCCCUUGCUGCCCCUUACAGAAAGUCUGGAAGGGCCGGUGGACAUUCAGGGUCGUGCGGGCGGUCAAACCCCUGACCGCGAGCAAACCCCAUCUGCACCGUCUGCCAGGCCAGCUGGCAUAUCUGGGUCCAGGUCACCAACAGGGACAGAGAGGAGGCAACUGGAGCGCUCGCCCCUCAACCGAAGGAAGAUGCCAGACAAAGGAUUGACAGCAACACACAUCCCAGCACCUGCACACACACAUCCUGUCAGCACAGCAGAAACCAAACCCAAAGGUUUGGUUUCACUGUUGGACGAGUCGCCUAUAUUUGAAGGCCAUAGGGGUGUGAUCAACCCCAUGACGGCCUCUAUGACCAGCCGGGGGGCCAAACUUGAGUGUGUGUUCGUAGCUGAGGGCCACACCAAGCCUGUCCUCUGUGUGGAUGCUACUGAUGAUCUGCUCUUCACGGGAUCCAAGGAUCGCACAUGUAAAGUCUGGAACUUGGUGACGGGUCAGGAGAUCAUGUCUCUUGCAGAUCAUCCCAGCAGUGUUGUCUCAGUCAGGUACUCAUCUAGUCUCGUCUUCACUGUUUCCACUGCUUACAUCAAAGUCUGGGACAUUCGGGAUUCUGCCAAGUGUAUUCGCACGCUUACGUCCUCAGGCCAGGUGGGUUCAGGCGACACCUGUUCCUCAGCCAGGAGUUUAACCAUCCCACCAGGAGAGAGCCAGAUCAACCAGAUCGCUCUCAACCCGUCUGGCUCCUUCCUUUACGCUGCUGCAGGCAACUCUGUACGCAUGUGGGACCUCCGCAAGUUUGUGUCCACAGGGAAGCUGACGGGACAUUUGGGACCUGUCAUGUGUCUGACUGUUGAUAAGUUGGGUAACGGACAGGAUGUUGUGCUCACUGGAUCCAAAGACCAUCAUGUUAAAAUGUUUGAGGUGGCAGAAGGGGCUCAGGGCAGCAUCAGCUCCUGCCACACGUUUGAGCCCACUCAUCAGGAUGGCGUGGAGUCCUUAGCCAUGCACAGAGAUGUCUUCUACAGCGGCUCCAGGGACUAUUACAUCAAAAAGUGGGACUUAGCAAGUAAACAGCUGCUACAGCAGUCGGCCAGCGCUCAGGCAGACUGGGUUAGCGCUCUGGGCGUGGUGCCGGGCUCCCCGGUGCUGCUCAGCGGAUGCAGGGGAGGGCUCCUGCGCCUCUGGCACGCCAAUACACUAGCACCCCUGGGCGAGGUCCGGGGACACGACAGUCCCAUUAAUGGCCUGGCCACCAACAGCAGCCAACUGUUUACUGCCUCCGAUGACCGCACAGUGAAAAUUUGGGAAGCUAAAGGAUCUCUGGAGGAAGGAGUCCACUGACAUCUGCUUCCUGAUAAUCAAGACGUGGCCCUGCAUGCGGGUAAUGUCCGCUAGCCUCCCACCAAUCAAAAUCAAGCCUGCAAACUGUGGAUUGGAAUCCCAAAGUGGGUCAAGGAAGUGAUUAUUUCAGGUCAAGAUGGAGCUCCGAGGAUCACAGAGCAGCUGCAGUGAGCUGCACCUUUCAUAACUGUGACAAUUUAUGGAUUUUAUGGAUCCGUCCUAAUUGAUCCAGGAGUCUGUCCUCUGCUUUCAACAUUCCUCUCCUCAGUUCAGCGCAACACAACAUGGAUACCGUCUAUUCUGACACAGAAUUUUCUGUACAGCUGCUGUUUCCUUGCACCAAUUGUUGCACAUAAAAAACUGGGACUGCUGGAAAAAGCUUUUGAAUCUUCUGUUCACCAGCAGUGUGAGUCUGUCCCGUGUUUCAGAUGUCUAUUUGUGUGUGUAUUCGCUGUAACCAAGGACAAAAUAACUACUGAAACUACAUUUGUACGUGUUCUUUAGCUGUUACUGCCGACUAAUGAACCCUUAGUGGGACAAAAAUGGCCUCUACAAAAAUGGUAAUUUCCACAUUUUCCACAUCAAAGUUCUGUUUUUGAUCAUGGUUAACUCAGUAGACACGUCUAUAGACACAAACAUUCUGAUAUUAGCUUCUUUUCCACUGUUCAAAUGGAUACAAUCAGCAUUCACUUCCAGGUCAAAUGACUUUGGUGCAUUCGUGACAUCGAACAUACCCGGCAUAACCUGCAUACCCCCACUAGUUUUGGUGUAAAAGUGGAGUGAGACACUAAGCAGCAUUUCUUGAUUACCUUUAUCCAAAUAAGGUCAUACUCAGAAUAAGCAUAACCGGAUUAGGACGAGUAUUCUGACUGGUCGCAUUAUAAAGACAUUUAUACGUCUUUAUCGCUGGAAAACAUCCUAUUGGAUUUUUCACAUUUAAUCAUUUGUGACACCCUCAUAUAGUAGUUACAAGCUGCUUGACGAAGCAUGUCCUGGGCUAAAAUUUGUGAACUUUUAUAAAGAGGAAAAGUUGAAGCUUUAUAGUAUAUGGUAUAUUGCAUAGUGCAUUACACUUCUUUAGGCAGGGGUUUUAAAAUAAUGGCAGGAAUGUCAGAUGCAAGAUGUAGUGGACAUAAUGUAAACAUGAGUCAUACUCAGACUCUGCUCUGUAAUAAGAGCAAUUAUAUGAAUGGAAUAUUCAAUUAGUAAUUAUGUAAACGUCAUAAUCAGAAAAAUGUCUAAUUCAGAAUAAGGUCAAUAAUCAGCUUAUUAGUGUCAAUGUAAACGUAGUCACUGUGUUACCCUGCUGACUGACAUCAUGUCGCUAUAAAAAUGUGUAUUACGGUCAAGCAAUAUUCCUACAUACUUCAAAGCAGUGACUACAGAAAAGACUGGAAGAUCUGUCUGAGCUUUUCUAAGAAAAACCUCUUCCCAGCUUUUUAUCUGCAAAUUGUCUUAUCGUUAAAACGCAGAUAGUUGCUGUUCCAUCCAGAUUAAAAUGUGUUUCCCCAGCUUUUGUACCUCAGAGCAAGGUAAACACAGUUUUCCUCUUUGUCAGCAGUGUGUUGUCAUCAGUCGGCUGGGUUUCAGCUCUCAGUAUUCUCUGGUUGAUGCACACACAGUUUUUGUACCUUUUUUAUGUGUUUAAAUAGGGUUUACUUUCCCCGUGCUCUCCCGUCUACUCACUCCUCUCUGGCGUCUCGGAGCUGCGUCAUGAGCCCACAUUCUCUCACCUCCUGGGUUUUGAUUCUUCAAAUAUGAAGAUUACCUGCUGAAUUUUUAAGUUCUCAAAACUGAAGUACAGCCAUGGCAGCAAGUGCUUUUAGGAGAGAUGUUUGCUGGAUUCAUAUAUCACGUAGUUUGACAAGCAGCUGUUAAAAAUCUGAAUAAUGUGAAUGUAAAUCAUUCACGUUGUUUUAACCAAGCACCUUGUAACUCCUAAAUGUCAUGGAGUAUGAUAUUUGUAUUUUGUGUGUGUGUGUGUGUGUGUGUGUGUGUGUGUGUGUGUGUGUGUGUGUGUGUGUGUGUGUGUGUGUGUGUGUGUGUGUGUGUGUGUGUGUGUGUGUGUGUGUGUGUGUGUGUGUGUGUGUGUGUGUGUGUGUGUGUGUCGAUCCAAAUGAUGUGAUAAGUCCUGUCCGUGUACAGCGGCUGCUCACCUCUGCUGUCCUUGUGUCUGUAACAGCUGAGCAGCUCAAAACAUCCGUCUUUCAACUUGAGUGUAAAAAAAAAAAGAAACCCUACUAUUUAUUUAUUUUUUGUCAUUGAUUAUUGAUUUUUGAUUCUUGCUGUUGUGUCUUCCUCAUCAUUCAGAGAUCUCAUUCCCAUCCAAUGCCUCUGGUAUCAAAGCAUCGUAGACAUCACAGAAAUUAUGGGAUGGGCUUCUCCAUAAUCAGAAGUGAAUUAUCCAGUGCCUGUCGUAAAUCCUAAAUUGGAGGACUGUAGAAAUGUGCGCCUCAUUAUCCCUCAUUAAAAUGUUCAGGUGACCAGUUUAUCAUGAGCUGUUGAUCAUUUCUUUGGAAUGUAUUUCUGGUCUGUUUUGGAUAUUGGAGGUAGACACUGUUAGCAAUGCUUAGGUCAAUGGGUCUAAAAUAUUUGCACUGAAAAAAUCGUUGAAAACUGUAAAGAAAUUCCCCAUCUGACUCGUAACGUAGUUUACAUAAGAGUGAAAUAAACUAAAGUAAGUCCCAUUGGCUUGCACUUUGCUACAGUAAUUACCCCAGUGAGAACCAAUAGGUUGCAAGUAUUCUUAAUUCAUGAUGAAUAUUAAUGAUCCUUCGAAUUGCAGUUAUGUCUUAUUUUGAAAUUUGUAAAUCUUCGCUUGUGUGUAAAUACAAUUGUGUUUUUUUUUUCCUGCUGAUUCUGUUUCAAUCUAAUCUGUUUUUUUGAAAUAUCAGCUGCAGUGUGAAAAUAGAUUUUAAAAUAAACCGGUUUUACAAGCGUUAA